AUGCCCUCCUUCUUCCGCAAGCUGUGCUCGCUGUGUGGCUGCGGCGACCCCGAGGAUGACAUGAACGGCGCCUACGAUCGCUUGUCCGAGGACGAGAACGGCGAUGUCGUUCGAUGCCACCCCUAUCCGAUCGAUCGUGCCGACGCGAAUGGCUACUACGGAACGCCCGGAAAGCCGAACGAGGAGGCCAUGCUCAACGGGAUUGUCAAUGAGACCCAGGAGGGCAUAAUCGACGUGACGCAAAACGACGGUAUCACGCUGCCAACCAACGAGUAUAUGAGCCGCUACAACGCAUAUUCGGACGCCAUCAACAAGCAUGAUGUGGCGACGACCGCCGCUCCGGCCGAGGCCUUCUCGCUCGAAUCUGGAUGGACUGGAAUGCCGAUCAAGCAUCGCUACAUUCUCGACGACUCGGGCGCCAAGAUCAACGACCGGUACCAGAAGACCGAGUUGGCCUACGACAAAUACGAGGAGUACAGUGGCCUCGUUGCGGAGAUCUCCACCGCGGAAGCGCGACGACGUCUGGAACGGGAGCAGGAGGAGCUGAAUCGACGACUUCGGACAGCACAAGACAACGGGGCCAGUGGAAGGGAUUUGGAUGAUUUGAGGAGACAAGUAUCGACGGUUGAUGGAAGGGUCGGCGGCCUGAACACGGAUCUCUCGGGAAUCAAAAGCAUGCUUGAUCGCCAGAGCCGAGAUCUCCAGCAGCUGGCCAGUGAGAUGAAACAACGCCCAGUGGUCGACCCGAAUAAAAUAGCCGAAACAAAUCAACGACUGGACAACAAACUACGGGAUUUGAGCACCAAUGACAAGCAGAAACAGGAGCUGGUUGGAGGGUUGGCGAGGAAGGGGGAUAAGGAUCGAGAACGGAUGAAUGAAGAAACGAAGAGGCUCAACGACAAGAUACACCUAAUUACGACUGAGGUAACCAAAUCGAUGAACGACGCGCAACAGAAGCUACGCGAUGAUAUGAAUCAACGAUUAGCAGGCCUAGAAGCUGCGCUAAAGCAUCAAGCCGACACGUACGCUGCCCGGGAUGAGGAUAUGAGGAGGAGGAUUGAGGCUGGGAUGAAUGGACAUGCUGAACAGAUUGAGAGUCUCGGGAAAGCUGUGCAGAAUGAUCGAAACAAGAACAAGGAGCGUUUCCAAAAAGUGAACGAAGCCCUCGCAGCACUGGAACAUCACCUCGAGUUGGGGAAUAAAAAGCUCGACAAAAUGGUCACCGCCGAGAUGCAGAAUAGGAAACUGCACGAGAAAGGGCUGCUCUCAAAGGUCCAGGAAAUAGAGGAGAAGCUGAAUGGGCAUAUGGGAGGACUGCAAAAGGCGAUAACUGACGUCGAGAGGGGCAAGGAGAAUGUCAAGAUGCCACAGCUCGAUUUUGAUGCCUUACGACGUGAAAUGGAGGCCAUAGCAGCGGAUAAAAACAAACUAUCGAUGGAAGGGCUACUGAAGCUGGAGGAGAAAAUGUCAAAAGUACAGCAAAAUCUGCACAAAGAUAAGCGAGAAAUCAGCGAUAGGCUGGGAAAUAUGACGGACAGCUCGGAGCUUCAUAAAGUCAAGAAACAAGUCGACAAAUUGGACGAUAUAAACCAGGAAAUGGAAGAGACGCAGGAGAGGAUAAGGGACAAAGUGGAGAAGCAGAUACCGCAAGACCUAAACGAACUAUCAGCAAAAGCGGAUAACAUCAAGCAUCAACUAAACGCGAGGAUAGAUAAAGAAGAAGAGGAGAGAUACCUCGCUAUCAAAGAGCUACAAGAAGCCUAUACUCGGCUUCAACAAUCCCCGGGAGUCGCUCAAAACGUGGCUAGAGGUGAUGCCCAGCAGGCGGUUGAGGGCCAAGUGCGUCGUGACGUCGACGAAUGCAAGAUUGCGAUUAAAAAAUUGGCCGAGUCGGUGACGACUGUCAAGAAUGUGUUGGACAAGAAAAUUGUCGAUGAAGUGAAGCAGCGUCAAUCCGAUGUUGAACGUCUUGACGCGCAGAUGAGGCGACAA